CAGUUUAGGAAGGCGCGGAGAGACCGCGUCCCAUCAAUAUAGCAAAAACGAUAACCCAUAUAAAAUUGGAGGGGACGCUACUCCAUCUGUCCAGCAUCUCAGAUCUUUAUUUCUUCCUCUUCAUUUGGUUUUCUACUGAACAAAAAAAUGGGCGGUGGGAAAGACAAGCAGCACGAAGACGAAGCAGCAGACAAGGGGCUUUUUAGUCAACUUGCACACGGACUCGGAGGAGGUUCUUACCCGCCUCAGCAUGGGUACCCUUCCCAACACGGCGGCUACCCUCCCCAGCAAGGCGGCUACCCGCCCCAGCACGGCGGCUAUCCUCCCCAGCAGGGCGGCUACCCUCCACAAGGUUACCCGCCCCAGCAGGGUGGAUAUCCACCGCAAGGGUACCCGCCGCAGCAGGGAUAUCCUCCCCAAGGAUACCCGCCUCAACAGGGGUACCCACCGUCUGGGUAUCCUCAGCCUGGCCAUCAGGGCUCAUCUGGACACCAUGGCGUAGGGACGUUGCUGGCUGGUGGUGCAGCCGCUGCUGCAGCUGCUGCUGGUGUUCACCAUCUCACUCAAGGUGGUCAGCAUGGCCAAGGUUCUCACGGUUCUUAUGGUUCUCAUGGUAUGCUUCCUGGCGGUUAUGGUGCUCACAAUGUUGGUCACGGCUUUGCAUCACAUGGCGGGAAGCAUGGCAAGUUCAAGCAGGGGAAAUUCGGGAAGCAUAAGAAAGGCAAGUUCGGCAAGCACGGUGGAGGCAAGUUCAAGAAAUGGAAGUGAUGCGUAUCAUACUGAUCUUAUGGAUAAAUAAAUAAGCUGUCAAUUACGAUAUGUGGUUCGAUGGAAGUCCGUUAUGUGUUUAAUUCUGCAGAAUUUGAACCAUCUGUUUUUUCCUUAUGACUUUGAUUCUAUAUAUGUUGACUCCUUGGCCAUUUGACCCGCAUUGUUAUUAUUUCUUCUUGUAGAAAUGCGAUUGUUUAUGUCUGAGUUUUACACA